GUGGAUCAGUCUGGGCUGGUGAGCGCUCUCUCUCUCUCUCUCUCUGUUCCUCUCUCUGUCUCUAUCUCACAGUUGAACUGUGCUGUAGGAGCGUUGGUGGGGGAAGGAGAAGUAAAACGGAAAAGGGCAAAACGGAAGCGAUGCCGGGCCUUGUCCUCCCUGAAGAUCCACCGGCAGCGGCGCCGCCGCCACCCGCUCCGUCCUCGACUCACGGUGAUGGCGACGGAGAACUAGAAGGGGCGAAGCAGGACAGGAAGCAACAGCAGGUGAGGCCCUCUACUCCUAAGAGGUCUCCAAUUCCCAGGCGAUCCCUUUCUCCUUCCUCGGCUACGCCUAGAAGGAAGUCGUCCCCUCGUGACUCCGGCGGCCGGAAGACGUCCCCCUCGCCGGAACCGACGUCCGCCGUGAACGAUGUGGCUUUGGACAACCCCGAUCUGGGGCCUUUCCUCCUGAAGCUCGCCAGAGACCUAGCCGCGGACAACCCCCGGAAGGCGCUGGACUACGCCGUGCGGGCGGCCAAAUCCUUCGAGCUGACCUCCUCCGGCUCGGACGUUCCAAACCUUGACCUCGUUAUGUGUUUGCACGUAGCCGCAGCCAUAAAUUCCGUCCUCGGCCGCUAUGAUGACGCGGUCGAGGCACUCGAGCGCUCGGUUCAGAUCCCGGUGCCAGAUCUCGGCCCGAAGAACGCUCUUGCUGCCUUCUCCGGGUAUAUGCAGCUAGGCGACACAUUGGCGAUGCUCGGGCGGACUGAUCGCUCGCUUGAUUCCUACGUCCAUGCCCUCCGCAUUCAGAAGCAGGCACUCGGUGAGACCGAUCCUAGAGUCGCCGAGACCUGCCGGUAUAUCGCCGAGGCGUACGUUCAGGCUAUGAGGUUUCCGGAGGCUGAAGAACUAUGCCGGCAGGCCUUGGCCGUCCACCGCGAGCGGGACGCCGGGUCCUUGGAGGAGGCGGCUGACCGCCGCCUGAUGGCGCUGAUCUGCGACGCUCGUGGUGACUACGAGUCCGCACUCGAGAAUCUGGUGCUCGCCGGCAUGGCGUUUUCUUCGGAAGGCGGCCGCGAGUCUGACAUCGCCGGAAUCGAUCGAUCCAUUGGCGACACCUACUUCUCUCUCGGCCGCUACGACGAGGCGGUGUUCGCGUACCAGAAAGCGCUCACGGUUUUCAAGUCGUCAGUCGGGGACAACCACCCGGCGGUCGCGGCAAUCUACGUCCGCCUUGCCCACCUCUAUCACCGGACGGGCAAGCUGAGGGAGUCCAAAUCUUACUGUGAGAGUGCUCUGAGGAUCUACACGUCGAAGCAAGUGCAGUUCGAGGACUGUGAGGAGCUCGCGAGCGGGCUCGCAGAGGUGUCCGCUGUCUACGAGGCGAUGAGCGAGCAUGAAGAAGCGUUGAAGGUGUUGCAAAAGGCAGCAAAGUUGCUGGACGGAGGUCCAGGGCAGCGAAGCACCGUCGCUGGGUUGGAGGCUCAGAUGGGUGUGAUGAAUUAUAUCCUUGGAAGGUCCGGAGAGGCGUACGAGUGCUUCAAGGGGGCCGUGGAGAAGCUGAGAGAAGGUGGGGGAGAGCAGAGGUCUGUAUUGUUUGGGAUGGUGCUGAACCAGAUGGGUCUGGUCUGCAUACAGCUGUUCGCAAUCGAGGAGGCGGCAAAGUUGUUUGAAGAAGCAAAGGGCAUCCUGGAGAAGGAAUGCGGGCCAUGUCAUCCUGAUACACUUGGCGUGUGUAGUAAUCUUGCUGCUGCUUAUGAUGCAAUGGGAAGGGUUGAAGAUGCCAUUGAGAUUCUGGAGUUCGUCCUUGGGGUGAGGGAAGAGAAAUUGGGAACUGCUGACCCUGAUGUCGAUGAUGAGAAGAGAAGAUUAACUGAGCUGUUGAAAGAAGCAGGAAAGGCGAGGAACAGAAAGGCAAAAUCCCUUGAGAAUCUCAUUGAUUCUAAAUCACAAAGGUCGAAGAAAGAAGGAACCAAGAGGUGGCCAAGCUUUGGCUUCAGAAGUUGAUAAUUUUGCAUCCUAGGUGUUUGUGUAACAUAAAAUAUGUAAAGGUCGAAUGGAAAAUUCAGUUUGUUUUAUCUCUUCACGAAUUCCUUGCUUCUGUUUACCAAUUUUAUUUCUGGUGUAACUUUUGAUUUGUUGUCUGAUAUUUGAGGUUCCUUUUCCCCAUGUCCAAAUUUUUUCUCUUGUUAAUAAAAAGAGUUUGUCUUCCCUUGCUAA